CAUGAUAAGAAAAUAAUAAUUCGAAUGGCCGGCAUUAUCCAAUAUGAGUCUUUGAUUCCGUCAUAGAAUUUCCCGUCUUCAAUAUAAAUCUAUAUUUAUAUUUAUUUUCAUAUUAAUAUGACUCGACGUUGUCUCCCAAGUAUAUCUUCAUUUUUUAUGUUCUGACUUGUACUCAUACCCAGGUACAUUGCAUUCAUUACCCUCCUUAUCUUUCGUUUGUUCGAGUACCAGUACUCAAUUAUUGAUUCGUCAAUUCAUCAAUCCGUCAAUCCAUCAUACCAAGACUCGGUGACGAAUUCGACCAAUUAUGGUGAAAGCCCCCUCACUCGAAGAAUCGGGUCCUGCAGCUCAAAGUUCCCUUCCAACAACAGAACUUCCUUCUCCCAGCCGAUCUCAUAAUGCGUCUAUUAAAGAAACCCAUGAUUCUCUAUGGGCUAGAACAAAAUCCCAUUUCAGUGAAGAGAUAAGUCUCGUUCAUGCUGAUUUGCCAAUGAUAGCAUGUGCUCUCGUUUCCGGUAUCUGCGACAGUAGUGCCUACAAUGCUUGGACAUGUUUUGUUUCUAUGCAAACCGGUAAUACCAUCUUUCUAGCUCUCGGCGCAUCUGGUCAACCAAUCAGUCAUCCGUACGGUUGGGUAAAAUCCCUAAUUUCCAUAUUCUUCUUCCUCUGCGGUUGUCUCUUUUUCGCCCAAACACGACGAUUCGGCGCCGGAAAGAUUCGCGGGAUCCUAUCCAUAUCAUUUCUAUUACAAGGAAUUUGUAUCAUAAUCGCUGCAGCAUUGGUACAAAGAAAUGUGGUACCAGAACCACUUGGGGUCAAGUCAAUCGAGGAUGAAGUCAAUUUUAUCGAAUUGAUUCCCUUAGCAUUCCUGGCAUUUCAAUCGGGUGGUCAAAUUGUUACAUCGAGAAUUCUGGGCUUCAAUGAAAUUCCUACUACGGUUUUGACCAGUGUCUACUGUGACAUUGCUUCGGAUCCAAAGGUACUUGCACGAAAUAAUGUGAAGAGGAAUAGAAGAGUGGGAGCGGUUCUUGCUAUUCUUUCUGGUGGAAUUGCUGGGGGUUGGAUCAGUCGAAGUUCGGCUGGUUUAUCUGCUGCUCUCUGGCUUGCUGCUGCUAUAAAAGUUGUGAUCUCUUUUAGUUGGGCGAUAUGGAAGCCAAAGCCAGUCACUUUGGCAUAAAUGGCUGUUAUGAGGGGAAUGGAUACGGAAUUCCGACUUUGAGUCUCACUGCCCAUGGGUACAAGGUACUGGAUCAUGAAGCACGAUCUACUUCAACCCUCUGGCAGAAGUCUAUAUACCGUGUUAAGUCUUUUUUUUUCGUGGAAAGAGGAAAUAAUCAUGAGUUGUAAAUUUCUGCAACAAUACCAGUUCUUACAUACAUAGGACAUAAUUUUAAAUAUAGAUGGGGGAAGGAUUAGUAUUGUACAAUUUAAUAAGAUGCAUUCAAUGGUACAAAAGAUGUAUUUAAUAGCAGCAUCUGUUUAUAGAAUUAAUAUCAUACA